AUGUCAUCAUUUAUGUCUGAUACUGAAUACUAUUCAGCAUCAUGGAACAAUAUGGAUAAUUUGCCUACUAAUCAAUUAUCAACAUUUCAAACGAUAUGUCCGACAGUGUUAACAGUUCUGGAAAUUGUCAUGGCUCUUUUCCUCAUUCUUGUAACAGUCGUAGGCAACGUACUUGUUUGUAUUGUCAUUAUGAAAGUUCCUAAGCUACAACAGCCAGGAAAUUUUUUAUUGGUUUCGCUAGCAGUAGCAGACGCUCUUGUAGGAUUAGUCGUCAUGCCAUUAGCACUAAUUGAUCUCAUAUUUGAGAAAUGGCUCUUAGGACCAUAUAUGUGCAAGCUUUACUUAACAGCUGACUUAUUCUUAUGUACAGCUUCCAUUGUGAAUAUAUGUGCUAUAUCUGUUGACAGAUAUCUGGUCAUUUCACGCCCUCUUCAUUAUGUUACUCGACGAACCAAUGGUCGAAUACUAGUUUACAUAGCUAUAGUAUGGACAGUGGCAGCAUUUGUCAGUGUAUCAUCACAUAUCAUGACUACCGUUAUACCUGAUUCUGAUUACAGUCAGCCAGACACCUGUCAGGUUACACAACAUAUAGCCUAUCAAAUAUAUGCUACCAUUAUUGCUUUUUAUGGUCCAACAUGUAUAAUGGUUGUGUUGUACAUCAAAAUUUGGAAAUCUGCUAAACGAGUUGCGCGAGAAGAAAACUACUGGAUCAAUCUCAAUCGAGCUGACAUACACACAACAGACGAUGAGGUCAAAAUUUUAUUAGAAAGUUGUUCGCCUAUAAAGAAACAAGAUAAUGGCAAACAGACGAGUCAAGUAACAAGAAAACGUAAUAUCAGCAUAAAGAAGAUUAAUAUAAAGAAUGGAUGUAAAGCAAGAAAAACGUUACUUGUCAUUAUGAGCACUUUCAUUAUAUGCUGGCUGCCAUUUUUCUGUUUUGCUAUUGUUAAAUCGGUUUUUCGCGUUAGAAUUGAACCAUGGCUUGAUUUAUUGGCUCUAUGGUUGGGUUAUUCUAAUAGUGCAUUGAAUCCAGCAAUUUAUUGUAAAUAUAAUAGAGAUUUACGAACACCUCUAAGGGAAAUGUUGUUAUGUCGAUGUAGUACACUACAGAGCGUUUUGCGUCAACAAACUUUCAACAAUCGCUAUGGUCCAAGUAAAGGAGCAAAAUGA